AUGGCUCAGUCAUCCAGCUCAUUACCGCUACCAGUGAAGGAUGAUCGACAGAAUUUUGAAUUGGAUCUCAAUCUCAUGGACAGUCUCGUCCCGAACAAGUUCCAAUCUGAUAACCCCGAUGCGACUAUCGAAGGUGUCAUGAGAGAUAUUGAGCACGCACCGUUGCUAUCGGCCCCUGUAGUCGCUCAGCACGCGAAAGACUUGGUCCCGCAAUUCGGCUUCAUGGGUAAUCACCGGGAUGAAGCAGGACAUGCCCACCUCGGCCGCUUGGAAGCGCCUGCUUCUGCACUAGUCUUCAGCUAUGGAAGUUGGAGCACCGGUGGUGCAGGCUUCAGCGUCAGCGAAGCUGUCCAUCUAUCUCGUGCGCGGUCCGCUUUUCCUGGGCACAACGUACGAAGAAUUACUGUGUUGGUCUCCGCGCACAAUGGAGCUAUCGGAAGUUACUACGAAGAUCCGUCUCGUAACAUCCGCGUGAUUCCCUUCAAACUCAACGCUAGGGCUCUCGACAUCGCCGGUUUGCGUGCUUUGAUGGGUAUUGGAGAUAAGAGCCCCCCACUCUACAUGGGCCAGGUCGAAAUGGUACUCAUGAAGAUGUCUGCCACGAACAAAGAUGGGCGACUCGAUUACAAGUCGUUCACCAAGGCAGUUCAGAAGAUAGAUCUAAACGAAGCACAAUCGCAAGCCCUCAAACAACGUUUAGCGAUGCUUGAGUCCUUCCUCGAUCUGGACGGCAAGGCGGUGGAGCCAGAUUUCCUUCCAGGCGAGAUGAUCAUUAUGGAUCUGUCCGAUGCCUUCAUGUCAUCGAGCACAGCCUGUGUUCUUUUCAAGCUGGGCUUGGACCGCUUUCUGGAGUCUCCCGUCAAGAGUAAGAUGGUAGUCUUGGACGAAGCGCACAAGUAUAUGUCCGAUAGUCCAGGAUCCAAGUUUCUCGCAGACAGUCUCCACCAUACCAUCCGUGUGCAGCGGCACUUGGGUACCCGUAUGAUCAUCUCCACUCAAGAACCGACCGUGUCCACAGAUCUUAUUGCGCUUUGUAACAUGACCGUCAUCCAUCGCUUUUCGAGCCCUACCUGGUAUGCCGCGCUCAAGAGACAUAUCAGCGCGCUGGGCGAUGACGACAAGGCUCUCAUGCAGCGGAUCGAGGGAUUGGAAACUGGAGAAGCGCUUGUGUACUGUCCGAGCACUGUACUCGCGAAGAAUGACGACGGAAGCUUAGUGAAGGCUACGGGCCGAUUGCUUAAGGUCAACAUCCGGAAAAGGAUAACGCAGGACGGCGGCGAGUCGAUCAUGGCUGUGUGA